AUGGAAGCUCUUCACAUUCCAACAUUCUGCACUGCAGGAUCAUUGUUGCAUCCGGCACCUUUUGGACGACAACCAUAUCGAUUGCAAGGAGCGCGGUCUGGCCCAAGCGUUGCGGCCGGAAGCGGGUCCCUGCCGCCGAAGCCCGGAAGGUUCCCUCGCAACUUUCAACUUGUUUGCGCGCUUUGUGCAGCCGGGCAACUUGGUGGUGAUGCUUCGCCACCCCUUACUCGACAACGUGGCACGAAGGAUGCAAGUGCCGGAAGUGCUCGCGCACGCUUUGAGCAGCGCCGUCGGGAGUGGGCGAAAAUGCGGCGAGACGGUCGGCUUGACCUGGAGUCGUCAGUGGAGCAGCAGGCGAUACGGGAAAAACGCCAGCAAGAAAGACAACGAAGAGCCGAUGAUAAGAUCAAGGCAAGGUUAGAGCGAUUGAAGGCCGAUGGCAAAGAGCAGGAUUUGGUCCAGUCUCUGCAAGCUUUGUCAGGAGAUCCAUGGCAACAUGGUGUGCGAUGCUUGUUGUCUUUGGGCUCGCUGCACUCAGCUGUUCAAGUUGUCCGUGAUGGCAGGCACUAUGCACAGUGGGUAGCUCAUCAAACAAUUCCGGAGAAUGUGGGUCACUGGAGCUGUCCACUUCGUUGUUGGCUGUCCGGCGGCAAGUGUCAGGACACUGUAGCAGCGGCUGCCAAAGAAGUGGAAGCUGCACGUGAGGAAAAAGCCGAGAGAGCUGCUACAGAGGUAGCGCCCAAAGCUGAGGAGCUCGAACAUGAGAAGGUGGAAGAAGGAUCCGAAGGAUCCGAAGAGGGCGAGAAAUCGGAAGAGGAGGAGCUCACAGAGGUUACGUCUGUGGAUGUGACUGGAGCUGUGUUCCUGCUCGGGGGUGUGACCUUUAUCAUGUCCCUUUUUUACUUAGUGAACCACGACGACAUCGACAUCCGCAUGCAUACCUGGAAGGUCAUCAAUGCCACUGUUUCAAUCUUUGUGGCCGUUUUACUCUUCGAGGGGCUGGCUGGAGUGUCGGAUAUGAUUUGUGACAGAGUCAUCCGUGGUCAUUUGCAGCGAAACUUGACAAAGAUAUGUAUCGCGUACAUGACAUUCGGCAUCUUCUACUGCUUCUUGCAUGUCAUCUUGUACAACAUCGCCUACAUGAAGGAUGACUCCACGCCAGGAAAGUACCAGGAAGCAUCUUUCGAAGACCGCCAAAAGCGCAAGUUGGCCUGCUGGGCGACAUUGUUCUCCCACAUGUCCGGCUUCGCCAUCAUCCGGUGCAGCCUCGAUCUCCAGCAGCUGAAAACGUUCCAGGAAGGUGCCCUGGUGGCAGUGCCAACGGUCGUUAAUGCCUUGUUGCUGAUGGCCAUCUUCAAGCUUUCAGAUAUGAUACGAGGUCGGCACAUCCAAGACUCUCACUACCGACUGUGGGAGCAUGGGGCCGAGGAAGCAGAAGAUGAUAUUGCCGCUAUCGGGAUCUCUUUCUCUGCAGUCGUAGUGCUACGAUUCCUCCUGACCGGCAUUAUGUCGAAUGCCGAGGGGCUCGAGCUGCCUGUGCUGAACCAUCCUGCCAAGGCCAAGAUCGGCAUCGGAGUCUCCAUGCUCCUCUGCGCGAUUGCUUCGAUCUCCAUCCUCAUGAUCCAGUCGAAGCUGGAGCACCGCAACCACAAGGCGCAUGCUCUGGUGGCCAGUCCACCAUCAAAUCCGCAGUUCCGCCAGAACUACACGACAAGAUGGGUUCUGAUCUCCAGCAGUGCUUUCGCGACCGCAUCUUCGUGGUGUGCUUUGUACUUGGGAAAAUGGCUUCUGUUUGGGUUCGAGCAAGAAGCGGAUGCUGCAGCGAACCCAAACUCUUGUAUUUGGCGCGUGGUGCUUGCGCUGACAGUCUCCUUCGGUAGUUUCGUCUGUGUCUACUUCCUGGAUUGGCUUCAGGAUUUGGACGAAACAGAUGAACAUGCUGACCGGGCGAUUGGUGAGGUUAUCAAUGCUAUCGGCGUCUGCGUGGGCUUCUCCUGGGAGCAGGCGUUUGAUGCGGGAGUGUCGACAAUCGGAUCUCUGACCGAGCACCUGGGUCAAUACUACCCGAUUUGGGCUCGACUUUUCGUCGCGUCUGCAGUCGCGAUGGUCAUGAUUCCAGCUUGGCGGCUGUACUUGAUCAAAAAGUCUCUUGAGAAGCAUCAGAAAUGCCCCGCUUGUGGUGCCGUUUUGCUCAUCGAUGCUUCAUACUGUCACAUGUGUGGCAAGCGGAAGCCAGCGGACGAGCCAGUUCAGUAG